AUGGAUUUGUCGGCAAGACAAAAGAGGAGACGGAAAAAUGCCUUUGGUGCCACAUCUCCACCUUUUAUCGACUAUUUAAAAGAUAUUCUGCGCAGAUAUCCUGAUGGAGGUCAAAUACUGAAGGAGCUGAUACAGAAUGCUGAUGAUGCUGGUGCUACAGAGGUAGUGUUCAUCCAUGAUGACAGAGCCUAUGGAACCCAGACCCUUUGGACUGAAGACCUGGAGAAAUACCAGGGUCCUGCCCUCUAUGCCUACAACGAUGCAGAGUUCACGGAGGAAGACUGGGAAGGCAUACAGACCACAGGGAGGAGCGUGAAACGCAACGAUCCAAACAAAGUGGGCCGGUUUGGAAUCGGAUUCAACUCCAUCUAUCAUGUUACAGAUUUACCAUGCAUAUUCAGUGGCAAAUACCUUGGCAUGCUGGACCCACAGGAGACGAUAUUUGGAGAGCGAGAGGGAGGCAUGCGCUGGUCUCUUGACGAUGAGGAAGACAGGGAAGCACUGCUGAGGCUGAGCGAUCAGGUCCAGCCGUUUCGAGACGUGCUCGGACAUGUCAGUGACCAAUGUUGGGAAGAUGCCGUUGGCGAAGGCAAAAAGUUCAGCGGAACCCUCUUUCGCUUUCCUUUACGUAAUGAGCCAUCUGAGAUUUCAGACAACAUGUAUGAUUCUGACAGAGUGGUUCAGCUCUUUAACAGCUUCAUUGCUGAUGCAGACAUGAGCCUGCUUUUCCUGAGAAAGGUUUCAUCAGUCUCCUUAAUUCAUAUCAGUACAAAUGGCUCAGUCAAUGUCAGGCAUAAAGCAUCCGCAUCAAGCCUUACGGUUAAUGAAUCUUUUCAUUCAAGAGAAAUGCUGACUGUGGAGGGCUUCACACAUUUAAAAAACAUAUCCUCCGACUGUCCAAGCAAAGGCAAAACAGACGUCCAGUGGCUUAUAACAACAUGCUGUAUGAAAGAAGGGCAGGUGCCAGAACUGGACGCGCUAGCCAAGAAACAAAGCUUUCGACCCCAAGUUGACCUGGCAUUCCCAUUAGACCAGGAGAGGUCUCUGACUGAUGGAAGAUUGAGCUGCUUUCUGCCCCUUCCAAACAAUGAAACCAACAGCACUGGGCUCCCCGUCCAUGUUAAUGCCUGCUUCGGCCUCACAGACAACAGGAGGCACAUCAAAUGGCGGGAGGAGGACCAGAGAUUUGAUGAAGCUGCUGUCUGGAAUGAGUUGCUCAUUAAGGAGGUUUUCCCUUGUGCAUACCACAUGAUCAUCCUGGACGCCAUUCGCUUUUCCCAAGUCUACGACUUUCCUUCCUCCUCCGUGUACUGUCUUUGGCCUGACCUUGACCAAAUGAAACACAAGGAGAGAUGGCAUGGUGUUGCUAUGGAAAUGCUGCAGCAAUUUCUCCUGCUGAAUGAAUCUGUCUUUUCUCUGGCUGUGGAUGCAGAUGAAUGGGUGACGCUGUCAGAAGCUGUGUUCUUGCCUGAUGACAGCAUGGAGCCGCAGAUGAAGAAUGCAGUGUCGAGUGUUUUGAUAGCACUGGGGGAAAAACUGGUGUCCAUUCCCAGUCAUGUAUCAAGAGACAUCCAGACUACUGUUGAAAGUCCCGAAACCUUAAGAAGAACAACCCCUGAUUUUGUUCGAAAUGUCUUCCCCAAAAAUGGAAAUUUAAAUCUCUCCAGGGAGGACAAGCUCUUGAUUUUGGAGUACAUGCUCAGUGAUGGAAAAUACCGUGAGCUCUGGGGGCUGCAGCUUCUACCUCUUAGCAAUGGGACCUUCAAGACAUUCACAAAUGAAGAUCACAAUCUGGCCUUCAUCGACAAAGAGCAGUUCCCACGUGAGUUGCUUCCAGGCAUGAAAGAAGUAUUCUUACCCAGAGAUCUCCGAAGUAACACUCUGAUCCACCUGAGGAAACUGGCAGCAACAAGUACAUACAAUACAAUUGUCGAGAUGGAUUCAAAAAUGGUGGCUAAAUAUGCCAUAAAAAGUCUUCCUGAAGACUGGAAGAAGACACAAGGUCAUGUGACUUGGCAGGUGGGAAAUGGUCAACACCCUCCUAUGCAGUGGCUAAAAGAUUUCUGGAAAUAUCUCAACACAAAUUGGAGAGAGCUAAGCAGCUUUGUUGGCAUGCCAUUAAUCCCUCUUCAACCUCUGUUGGAUUCCACCAGUUCUGUAAUUCUUGCGAAGCUGCAAUGGAACACGACUCUAGUUUUUCAUAAAAGCAAUCAGGACAGCUUAUCGGAACAAAUUGCAAAGGUGGUGAGAAAAGUGGGUGGUACCAUCAUACAGAGAGACACCUUUCCUGAUCAUAGGGAUCUUAGGACCUAUGUAUUAACUCCCUCCCCAAGGAACAUACUACAACUGUUCCUGAACUUGGAGAAGCAUCAAGUCUUUGAACUUGAUGGAAUUGAGUCUGCUUCACCCAUGGAAAAGGAAGAAUUGAAAUUGUGUCUCUCUUCACUGGAUUCUCUCACACCAGCAGAGAAAGGCUUUCUCUCGGAGUUGCCCCUAUUCCGUUCAAUGGCUUCUCUAAAAUCCAAAGCUGGACAAUACAUUUCUGUUAAGUCAAAGCAGGCAGUUGUUCUGAAUUCAGUUCUAUUGUUCCCAGAAACUCUUCUCAUGACUGAUGUAGUUGUGCAGUGUGCAAACGAAGCAGACCGUAGGCUCCUUACACUGCUCAAGACUGACCUCCUUAAUGCAGCUCAGGCAGCCACACUUUUGGUCAAUGGAAUUGAGAAGAGACUAUACAAAAGGAAAGAGGCAGACCAAAUAAUGACCUGGAUAUUACAACAUGGUAGUAUCCUUUUUGCACAGGACCAGGCAUUGUAUGAAAAAUGUAAACAUUUGAGCUUCAUUGACUUGAAAACAGGAGAUCUCAAAAAAGCAUCAGAUUUAUUUGAUCCUAACGACAAAACAUUCAAAGCCCUGUUUGAGCCAGAAUUCUUUCCUCCCAUGGCCUUAAGAAGUAAUCCCCAGAUGUUGGACACUUUGAGACGUCUUGGGAUGAAGACAGAUGAAAAUAACAUCACUGCUAAUGAUGCCCUUCAUGUGGCCAAGCACAUUGCAAUGUUGCAGGUGCAGUCUCUGCAAAAGGCUUCAGAAAAAGCAGAGGCCCUGACGAAACUUUUGAAUGACACCCACGUGCUUUCAAAGUUCUCGGUUCAACAGCUUAGUGAGCUACUGGGAACCCAGUGGAUUCCUUGCAACAUUCCAGAUGCUGUGAAUGAACACCAAAAUAUAAACAAAAAGCCAAGCAUGUUCAAGCCAAAGGAGGUACGGCACUCAAAGUACUUCAAUAUUGUGGGUCAUGUCAUGCCUCUUACUGAGAAACUGAAUGAGAAGGUUAGUGAAAAGCUUGGUCUGCUAAGCUCACCUCCGUCUGAGAAAGUGUUUGAUAAUCUUUCUGCUCUGAAAGCAAGCGUAUCUGGAAUGCACAAUCCAGAUAUCGAUUUAAACUUCAAAGUGAAGUUGCACAGCAUUUACAAAUUCAUGCAAGAUAACAUUGCUCAAUUCAGAGGCACAGUGAAUAAGAAAAAUGUACCUUGGCUCUGGAUUCACAAUCAAUUUGUGCCUCCUUGUGAUGUAGUAUUGAACUCUCCACCAGGAUUAGAUCUUAGCUCCUAUAUCAAAAAGGUACCAGAAGAAUUUCUGGUGUACAGAGACUUGCUAACUGAGUUUGGAGUGAGAGCAUCAGUGUCAGAUGAAGAAAUUGAGGGGAUGCUGCAUAGCAUGAAACAUCACAUUGACAGAAAAUUGCCAUCUUAUGGAACUCAGUCUGAACUGAAAGUAGCCAUUGCCAUUCUGAACUGGAUGAGGAAAGGGCAGAAAAGCAUUAAGGACAAUCUCCCCAUACCAGUCAUGGUAGAAAAUGGACUAUUUAACCUGCAGAAAUUAUCUUCCACUGUGUUUUGUGACAUCUCCAGGGAUGGUUUGGAAGACCUCAGGAAAGACGAGGAGGAGUUCUAUGUAAUACAUGGAGAGAUACCAGGAGCUACAGUUGACUGGUUGAAAAUUCCCUCCCUCAGCACUCGAAUCCUAAACCCAGAAUUCAUUGGCAUAGAGCAAUGUGGCCAGACAGAACCCAUAACCCUAAGGAUCAAAAACAUACUGAAAGAGUAUGAUGAGGAAAAGGACCUCUUCAAAGAGCUUAUACAGAAUGCAGAAGAUGCUCGCGCAACCACAUGUAAAUUCAUGCUCGAUUUCAGAAAGCACAAAAAUCCCCCUAACAGCCUUAUAGACCAAGAUAUGUCUCUCUGCCAGGGUCCUUGUCUCUGGGCAUACAAUGAUAAACUUUUCACAGAAGAAGAUUGGGUAAACAUUACCAAAGUUGGAUCUGCUUCCAAAGAAACAAAAGUAGAAAAAAUUGGGAAGUUUGGGCUUGGUUUCAAUUCUGUUUAUCACGUGACGGAUAUUCCCUCUGUCCUCAGUGGUAAGAAUCUCCUGAUACUCGAUCCAAAUGUGACUCAUCUGAAGAAGCAUAUAGAAAGUAAAGCAUGUCCUGGGAUCAAACUCGACUUAUUCCAGGAACGUCUUUUUCACAGCUUUCCUGGACAGUUCAAGCCCUAUCAAGGGAUCUUUGACUGUGAUUUAUCAAGAGACAGUGCUCACAAAUUCUUCAAGGGAACACUCAUUAAAUUGCCUUUCCGGACACAGAAAGAGGCUCUGUCAUCAGAGGUCAGCGACAAGGUUUUUGAAGGAGAUGAUAUUGGUGCUUUUGAACAACAUUUGACUCAUAAUUCAGGGGAAAUUAUGCUGUUUUUGAGAAACAUAAGCAAAGUGUCUCUUGAGAUUCUACCUGAAAAUUCUAGUACUCCCCCAUGUGCUGAACAAGUAAACACUCUCUUCACAGUCACCAGAAAAGUUGUGUGCACGAUGCGUGUCCCAGAUGACACUCCUCUGAAAACAAGGCAGAGUGAUUCUUUAAAAGUUUUGUUGAAAAUUGAUGCAAAAUUUGAACAUGUCACUGACGGCCUCUCUGCAAACAUCAUUGAAGUGACAACAAACUACCAGAAUGUAUCUGAUGUCAGCUACUGGCUUGUGAAUUCCUGCUUUGGAAUGCAAACAUCAUUAGACAUGUUCCAGAAAGAAAGUAAACAGAGGUUUCCUUUGCCAGUCGGAAGCAUUGCCGUGCCUCUUCAAAAAGAUCCAAAAGGGGGAAACUGGUUAGCUGAAAAGCAUGAUUCAGUUGGCCAGGUGUUCUGUUUCCUCCCACUCUCGAUUCAGUCUGGUCUUCCAGUUCAUAUCAAUGGAUUCUUUGCUGUGACGUCUAACAGGAAGGGCCUUUGGGAUACUGGAGUGAAACAUGAAUGGAACAAGGCUUUGCUUCAAGAUGCGGUCACAGGGUCAUACAUUUUCACACUUUCUGUGUUGAAGGAAAUGUCAAAAAAGGGAGAACUCCAGGGGUACCACUACUACAUGUUCUGGCCUGACAAAAAGAAAGUGAGCACAUCUUUUCAAUCUCUCACUGUUGCUUUUUACUCUGCCAUUGCUCACAAUGUUUCUGGCAAGGCUCCUGAACUCUUCAGUGAUGGGAAAAGCUGGUGCUCUAUUGAGAAGGCCAGAUUUUUACACCAAAAUAUAGAACAGAACAAGAAAGUGGGAAAGAUUGCAAUGAAAGAGUUCAUGGCAAAUCAAGGGAAACCUUACCUCGCUAUUCCCCUUCCAGAUUGGGUGAGAUAUAACUUCAGCCAGACAGGCUUUAGCAAAAUUGUUGCGGCAAGGACAUUGGACUGGGCUGAAUUCUAUAAAGACAUAGUAUUUAGCAACCUGAGUUCCAUGGAUCCUCAGAGCAGGGAUGCUCUUGUACUGCAUGCCAUUGACAUGAAUGACAAAGCAAUAGAUGACCUCCUGAAAAGCCACCCUUGCAUCCCAGCCAUUGGUUGUGAAGAGCUUCAGUUCAUUAGGAGGCUUGUGAACCCUUCAGGAAAAGUAGCCUGUCUGUAUGAUCCAGAAGAAGGACGCUUUCUUGAAGGAACAGCUGAGGAUUUUUGCACUCCAAAACGAAUCCAGCGGUUGUCAGAACUUGGAAUGUUGAGUGAUUUUCUUUCACUGGAGGACAUCAAAGAGAGAGCAGAAACUAUUAGCAGGAUUUGGCAAACAAAUGCAAAGGAAGCAUACAAGCGUGUUAGGCGAAUCUUGGAUCUAACAAGAGAACACUUAAAUGAUGGGACUUCUCCUCAUUGGAAUUCACUGAGAAACACUGCCUUCAUUCCAGCCUGUCCACCAAAAACCCCUGAGCAUGACAAAAGUACUGGUAGUCCACUUGCAAAGCCCACUGAAGUGUACAGUUCCAGUUGUCGAUAUCUGGUAAACAUGACACAAACUACAGUAGACCAAGCAGUUCUGGAAUCACACCAUGUCCCAGUCCUCUGUAAAUUGGGGGUUCUUGAAAAUCCACCCCUCCUGACAGUGCUUCAGCAGCUAGAGAAUGCACAGCUACAUUUCAAUGCAUUGGAUGGAGAUAUGCAUUCCAACAUUGCUUAUGAAUGCUAUGGCUACUUGGAUGAAUUGACAAAGGAACAGACUCAGUCAGGGGUCAUUUUUGAGACGGCUCAAUCAUUUCCAUUUGUCCUAAUUGAGGGCAAAUUUGUGAAUGUGAAAUCUGUGGCUAGGACAGAAAGCUUUGAAGCUAAACCAUACCUCUACUGCCUUCCAGAUGUCUUCUCUAAAUUCAGAAACCUUUGGCAAUGUGUUGGGCUUCAGGAGUAUUUCACUUCAGAUCUGUUAUUGGGGGUUCUUCAGGAAUUGAGUACUAAAUAUCACUGCAGACCACUUUCCAAGUGUGAUCUUAACCUCAGUCUCAGAAUUGCAAACAGAUUGUAUGAAGCAGAAGAUAAUAAACCACAAGACUGUCCCUUGCCUGAUCAAAAUGGUGUGUUAUGUCCCUCACACAAGCUCUGCUACAAUGACAGCCCUUGGAUGCCAGUCUCAAAAGAUGUCACUUUGUGUCAUGAAUUACUUCCUCGGAGUAUUGUACUUCACUUUGGGGUUAAAACAACAAGACACAACACUCUGCAAAAUCACCGUGUUGCAGGCUUUUCACCCAUGGUCAAAGAGUUUGGACAACAUGAGAAACUGACAGUCCGGAUUAAGAACAUCAUACAAGCUUACCCAUCGAAGAAGGAUAUUCUGAAAGAGCUCAUACAAAAUGCUGAUGAUGCUCAGGCCACAGAGAUUCACUUUGUUUGGGACAAAAGGAAGCACAACACCAAAAAAACCUUUGGUGAUACAUGGAAUCUACUGCAAGGUCCAGCGUUGUGUGUGUACAACAACAAGGUGUUUUCAGAUGCAGAUCUGGAGGGAAUUCAACGACUAGGAGAAGGUGGAAAACAUGGGGUGCAAGGAAAAACUGGAAAGUAUGGCCUGGGGUUUAACUCAGUUUACCAUCUGACUGACUGUCCUUCAAUUCUGACAGGAGACAAAUGGCUCUGCAUUUCUGACCCAAAUCUGCAAUAUAUACAAGAUGGAACCAAGCUAUUACCAGGUUGUAUGUAUUCACUAGAAAAGGAAUUCAAAGACUCUUUCAGUGAUGUGUAUGACACAUUCCUUCCCUCAAAUUUCAAACUUGAGGAAGGGACUAUGUUUAGGUUACCACUAAGGACAGAAAAAAUGUCUGAAAUGUCGCAGAUAUCAAAGAGCACAAUAGACGAUUUGGAUAUAGAAGAACUUUCAAGUGCAUUUAAGGAAGAUCCUGAAGGACUGAUCCUCUUUUUGAGGCACAUUAGGAAAAUACAGUUUCAUGAAAUAUGCACACUUGAUGGCCAGAUGAAAACCACAAUCUCAGCAGAGAUAAAGCUCUCCAGAGAAUGUGAUGAGAAGAAAGUUCAUUUUCAAAAUCAUAUUCAAAAGUCACUAGAUUCAGGUGGGCCAAUUGAAUCACUGCAAACCAUCUACAAAAUGGAUAUUUCGUCAUCCAUCAAAAAGCACAGUGAGUGGAUUGUGGCAGAGCAGUUUGGCUUCAUGAAUGAAAACACUGAUGAGCAGUCUAGCCGAAGAGUUCCUCAGGCUGCUGUGGCAGCUUGUUUGAAAUCAGAAACUAAUUUACAGCCGUUUACUGGUAGGGUCUUCUGUUCCCUCCCUUUACCAAGCAGCACUGGACUUCCAGUGCACAUCAAUGGAAACUUUGAGGUGGACUCUUCCAGAAGGGACCUGUGGAAAGAAGAUGGUAAGAGCAGUAAGUCCGAUUGGAAUGAAUCCCUGAAGUUAGACAUCAUUGCCCCCUUGUAUGCUGACCUUUUAAACAACAUGUGUGCCUCCGGUAAGAAAAUCAGGUCUUCUCUAAAUGACCUGCGGCUAGGCUUGGAUGACUUUUUUCUAAGCUUUUUUCCUGAAGUUACAGACCGUGUCGGACAUGAGUGGCAGGGAAUGGUCGAUGCAGUGUUCAAGUCAAUCAAUGAAAGGGAUCUCUGUGUAAUUCCCAUUCUAAGCAGUUCAAAUCAGAAGUCCAAAAAAAUGUACACUGUCACCUGGACUAGUGUCAACAAAGGAGAACCAACCGAUGCACCUCAUUUCAUCCUGAACCACAUUGACAGUUCAACUUCCAUUUCGCUGCAUCUCGGUAUGGACACAUUCUCAGAGAGCUUUGUUAAUACCUUAGAAGACAUUGGUAUGAAUCUAGUCCCAUUCUCAUAUCGAAUGAUUAAAAUAUAUGCCAGUUUCAACAGAGCACAUGUCAAAGUAAGGUCAGUCAGUCCAAUGACAGUAAUAAACUUCCUGAAGAGGAAACCGUUGAAUGAUCCAGCAAUGACAGAAAAUGAUUUACCCCUGCCUAUUAGCCGUACUUUGAUCAAAGACAAACGCAGAUGUAAAAAGCUUCUGAAUUACUGCUUGAAGGACAUUGAUCAGGGCAUGUGUGGUCUGCCUCUUCUCCUUACUCAAGAUCAGAUGCUGAGGUAUUUUCAUACUGACUCCCCAAGGCUCUUUACAGAAUUCUGUGAACUGUUUCAAGGACACAAGGCAGACUUUGCUGAUUAUGAAGUCAAUGGAAUGCACAUUGGUGCUCUUCAGCAAGGUAACUUUCUCAAGGCAAUGACCAUCCCUACCUCAGCAAUGUAUCUGAAACCCAUUCUUGAGGGCCUCCUUCAGAACUGUAAAGUUGAUCCGGAAUGCAAGCUGUAUGUUCCAGGAAAGAUAGUGAGCAAAUGGCUCCAGCAGCUUUGGGAUUUCUUUAAGGAUCAAAUUAAAUCAGCUGAGGUGAAAGACAGUAAGGACAACCAGGCCUUUCUUGACAUCAAGGAACUGUUUAGUGAUUCUCCAGUUGUUCCAGUAAUAUGCUCAAGUCAAAAUGGCAAACGUUUUCUGAAAACAAUGGGGACACUUUGCAAUGUUGUCUCCAAUCCAAUAUUUUCAUCAAUGGUGCAUGAAAUACUGUGCAAACUUGGAUUCAUGACUUUAGACUCAUGUGUUUUCUCAAAUAUUGAGCUUUCACAGCAUGUUACUCCAGAACUGUUAGAUCCAAAUGACAGCAGUGCUGUUCUAGAGCAACUCUGUCUGUCGCAGCAGACUCUGUUUAAACGGAUUGCUGAUACAGACUUGGAUGAUCUUCUACACUUCUUUCAGGCAGGACUAUGCUCUAGACAAAAUACUCAAGACUACAAAAGAAAGCUCAGGUCACUUCCACUGUUUGAAACUAUACAAGGGAGGCGGCAAUGUAUUGAUGGGCAUAGGAAUGUGUUCAUCUUGAAUACACACUUAAAACAAAGCUUUCCAGAUUUGUACGCCAUUGACAAGAACACACUUUUUCUCAAAAACAGUACUGUGAAUUUAUUGCUGUCAAAAAAAUUGGACAUCACAGUCCUGGAUGAUCUAGGGUACUAUGUAAAGUUCAUCCUACCCUCUGUGUGCACAUUCAAUGAUACCCUGAUUCUCAAUGCAUUCCUGAUGCUUCUGGAAAUAAGACGAUAUCCAGACUUUGAUGAUUACAAAGAUACAAUUAUCUCCACAAUGAAAUGUGUCCGAUUCAUCCAGGAUGUCUUUGGGAAUCUUCAGAUGGCCUCAUACUUCUAUGAUGAUAAGCAAAAGCUUUAUCAGGUCAUGCUCCCAAAAGAGCGGUUUGUUCCAGAAGAGUUUUGGAAAAUCAUUGGAUGUGAACAGACAAUUUUCAGGACUGUUGAACUGUUGAAGGAACUAGGACUAAAACAUGUUGUGUCAGAUGAUGAAAUGAUUGAGUUUGCACACAAAAUUGAAUCUGACACCAAAGGGAAUAUGUCCCUGGAGAGGCUGAAACAAAAAUCUGAAUGUUUAUUUGAAAGCCUUUUAAAUAGGGACAACACAAACUCAGAUAUUUUGAAAAGAAUAUCGACCAUAAAAUUUGUUGUUCCACUUGAAAUUCAGCAAGACCUCUGUGAGUAUCACCAGCCUUUUGCUGGAAAGAGGGAAUUUGUGGCAAUUAAAGGUUCUCUCAUUGAGAAAGACCCACUCAAUCAAUUUCUGAUUUGGACCUCAGUGCCAAUAUUGCCUUCAGGAAAAUGUGUUUCGAAGCAAAUAAAUAUUUUAAAGGAGGCAGGAGCACUUGAUGAGCCUUACCCGCAGCAUGUAACUGGAAACCUGAUGAACAUCUGCCAAGCUGCAUGCAGUACCACUGAAAACGUUAACACCAGAGCUAAAGUUUUUCGUCAGUCCUAUGGAUUUCUCCAGGCUGUGGAUUUCAAUGCCCAACCUCUGAUUGAUCUCCCUGUGGUACUGGUUGAAAAAGAUGCUGAACUUGUAAAGCCCAAACAAACAGUUAUGAUACUUCAUAAUCACACCAAGUUCAGACCCUAUUUAUUCAAACUACCUCCAGAUCUUGUUAAAUAUGAAGAAUUCUUUAAGAAGAUAGGUGUCAGAGAUAGAGCAUCUACCCAGCAGUACAGCACUAUUCUCCAGGAUAUUUAUCGGGACUGCAUCGGCAAAAAAGAAAUGAAUCCAAACCAGAAAGAAACAUGCAGAUGGACUGUUCAACAGCUUUUCCACCUUAUCGAGACUGGAAAAGAAAACUCACUGGAGAUUGCUCAGCCACUUUAUCUUCCAGCAAGAGAUGGUAGAUUGUAUGAAUCAAGUUGUCUUUAUUUUAAUGACACUUAUUUCUCGGUUAGCAGGUUUGAGCAUUCUGUAAAAAAGAAACUAAAACUGGGAAGAGUUCAGAAAUCCGAGGUUCAAAAUCAUUGGCAUGAUGCCUAUGCAUUUCAGAAACUGCUACAGCGGUUACCCAACAGUGUUCGUCCAAAAAUGUUGUCUGAAGUUACUACCCAGGCUUUAGUGGAAUCCAGCAUGCAUCCUUGUGAAUAUGGGGAAUGCUGUGAAUUCAGUGGUUGGUUCAAGAACCGAUUGACUUCUGGCUCCUUUAAACAUGGCCUUGUCUGCCUCCUAAGGGAACAGAGCUGUGGUUCCUUAUCUCAAAGUGAUGUUGAUGCCAUGUGCCAGAACUUCCAAAGAAUGAAGUUAAUCUGCUGUGAGUACCUUGAAACAAUCAUUCUUCUGCAUCAAGAGCCAUUGGACAACACAACAGAUGAAACACAGAUUUAUGUGAAGUGGGAACAAGAGAGUUGCACAUUUUAUCUAAAACACAGUGAUAGCAUGAGCCCAAAAGUAAUGAUGAAUGUUGCGAAAGGUCUAGCCAAUGAAAUCAAUGCCCUUUUAAAAAAUUCUCUGAAUGUAAAGUCACUCUCAGUUCUUGAGGAACUGCUGAUGUGUGAAAACAUGGAAGAUGUACAGAGAUUAUUAGAGAAAAAUAAAAUCCGUAACAUUGCAAAUACAGACUAUGGACAAAGUAGAUUGCCAGACCCCGGGACUCUCAUUCCUGAGGAGUGGAUCGAUGUCCUUGACAUGAAUUUUCUCAAUAACUUUGAAAUGGAAGAAUACGUUGGGUUCAGGAAUCCAUCAUCUGAGUAUGUCUAUGCAGUUGUUAUGGAGCGGGUGAACAUGCCAUCAAACCAAGGAGGGCCGUGUUCCCAGAAAUACAAAAUUAAAAUUGGGGAACAAGAGAUAAUUGAAGUAAGCGCUCUUGAUCUGUAUCAGUUCAAAAGGGGAAAAAGGUCUUCCUCAACUGGUGGGAGCUGCAUGUCUCUUGUUCCGUCACAGGGUUCAGGGCAGUCUGACCCACCACCUGUCCUACCACAGUCCAUGGAGGAGGUGCAAAGUGAAAUUGACAAAUUCCUUCAGGAGAUCUGGACACUGCCAGAGGAGGAGAGGCGUAAAGGUAUCCGACGUCUGUAUCUCAGGUGGCAUCCAGACAAAAACCCAGAUUGCCUUGACCUUGCCACUGAAGCCUGCAAAUAUUUGCAAAAGAAGAUUGAGGAACUAGAAAGGGGGGGAAGGGGGGGACACAACCAUUCCAGACCUGGUCAAGGAGACUCUCAAUGGAGUUCAGCCUUCAGAGACUUCUUCCGGGAGUGGGACCAGGAAGCCUCUCGGCAUCGGAGGGGACGGGAGGGAUUUAGCCAACGCUAUUCUUCCAGAGAACACAACUUCUGGACAUUCCAUGAGGGUAGAAGACCAAACCCAGAGGAAGCUCGGCGCUGGCAGAGGCAGGCAAAGUGUGACCUCACUGCAGCCUACAAUGACGCUGGGGGAACAUCCACAGAGUGGUGUUUAUUCAAAGUGCACCAAGCUGUGGAGAAAUCCCUUUUUGGAGCAGAGUACAAGAACACUGGGCAUCAUCCCACCGACCAAACCAUUACCAGCCUUGCCCGGAAACUGUCGCGAGUCAGUCCCAAACUGAACACUUUGCCUAACAUGGUGCACACGUUGAAACAGCUGGGCGUGGAUGCCAAGAAAACCCAGUAUCCAAACUACCAUACUUCACCGGGUAUUCCCAAUGACCAAUUCAACUCUUGGAAUUUAACAGAGGUGCUGGACUUGUCAUCUGAGAUCUUAACUAAAAUAGAUUCCUACAUUCAUGAAUGAAUUCAGGUUAUGUAAAUAUGAGACAAAACAGUUGUGACAGAAGAAACACAGCUUUAUGUGAAGUGGGAACAAGAGGGUUGCACAUUCUAUUUAAAACACAAUGAAGACAUGACCAAAAGACUGAUCUUUAAUACUGGGAAAGGUUCAACCAAAGAAAUCAGUGCCCUUCUAGAAAAUCCUCUGAAAGCAAAGUCACUCCCAGUUCUUCAGGAACUAGUGAUGGAAGAUGCAGACAAAACGUGAGAGGCAAAUAGAAUCCGUAACAUUGCAAAUACAGACUAUCAACAAUAUAGAUUGCCAGACCCAGGGCACCCCAGGAGUGCAUCGGUUUCCUUUCAUGAAUUUUCUCAAUAACGUUGAAAUGGAAGAAUAAGUUGGCUUCAGGAAUCCAUUAUCUGAGUAUGUCUGUGCAGUUGUUAUGGAGUGAGGGAACAUGCCAUCAAACCAAGGAGUGCUGUGUUCCCAGAAAUACAAAAUUAAAAUUGGGAGAGAUCAAGAGAUCAUUGAAAUAAGAGACAAAACAGUUUGUUUGCUAUUAUGUUUCAAGAAAUAUUUUUAUGUCAUUUUCUUUUUUUAUACACUUUACACUUUAUAUACUGUACCCUACAUAUUUGACUGCAUUCAGCACCAGUUAUUUUUGAAAUUGACAAUUAUCUUGGGUUAUUGACUGUAUUGAUGUUUGUGAAUGAAAAUGAAAAUUGAGAACAAUGGUUUGUUUGCUAGUAGUUCACUAAAAUUGAGAAACAUUCAUGUAUUUGUUUAAAGAUUAUCUUAUGCCUUUAAUUAAUCAAUAAAAUAGAAAAAACCUGAAA